AUGGCAGAAGGUGUAGAUCUCCAUUGUAUUGGGACGAAGAAGGUAACAGGAAACUUUUGGGGAUCAGAGAUUAUUCAGCAGACCACAGAGAAGAUAUCUAUCAUUUGGGCUAGAAUGAAAGCAGCUCAAAGUCAACAAAAGAGUUAUGCAGACGAACGUCGCCGCCAAUUAGAGUUUAAGGUUGGAGAUAAAAUAUUUUUGAGAAUAGCACCGAUGAAAGGAGUUACGAGAAUUGGAAAGAAUGGCAAGUUGAGCCCAAGAUAUAUUGGGCCAUUUGAGAUUCUUGACUGGAUUGGACCAAUUGCUUAUAGAGUAGCACUUCCACUGGCACUUGCAAGACUGCAUAAUUUAUUUCAUUUUUCCAUGUUGAGGAAAUAUAUUCCUGACCCGACGCACAUUAUUGACUAUGAACCACUUCAGAUUCAGGAGGAUAUUACUUAUGCGGAAGAACCAGUUCGGAUUUAG